AUGACUCUGGUCUGUCGCACGGUGGGCGAAGCAGAGGAGGUGUUGCAGGUGUUGGCAGAUAAUGGACUGCAGGUUCAUUUGAUAUUUGAGACUUGGUCAAACAUUGUCCUGGCGGAGCAGUUCCUGGCGCACUUUGAUGCGUUCUCGAUGGGGUUGAAAGAUCUCACGCAGCUGACACUAGGGUUUAUUAUAACUCGGAUGGGUUAG